AUGGUCAGACUGCUUGGGCGUUCGAUUUCCUAUGCGUUUCUGUGCUCUCAACUCCGAUGGAAAUGGCGCCCAACCGGAAGGCUGGACAUCCUGGAUCUGAAUGACAGAACCUUCCUGGUCACGUUCCAUAAUGAUCAGGAUUUCCUUCAUGCGCUCACCGGGGGGCCAUGGACAAUACUUGAUCACUAUCUUGUUGUCCACCAAUGGUCGCCGUCCUUCAGGACUGUAGAUAAACCCCAUAAAUCGGUUGUAGCUUGGAUCCAACUGCCAGAGCUUCCGGUCCAUUUCUACCAUCGGGAGGUACUUUUUGCCUUGGGGAAUCUUGUUGGCAGAACGGUGAAGCUGGAUUAUCAUACUGAAAAUAUGGAACGUGGAAAGUUUGCUCGGAUAGCGGUGGAGCUAGACAUGACGAAGCCGCUGGCGACUCGAAUUCGGCUGGACGGGUUCUGGCAACCGGUGCUCUAUGAGAACCUACCGGAAAUUUGUUUCGGAUGUGGCAGGAUUGGCCACACCGAAGAGUCCUGUUCCAAGAAAACGGGUAACGUCCCUAACGUCAUCUCAUCAGCAGAAGUUCCCGUCCUUCCCAUUGAAGGUUCGUCACCGUCGUCGGAGUCUCCCGCCGGUUACGGGCCGUGGAUGCAAGUGACGAAGAGGAGUAAGAAGCAGAAUAGGAAGGUGACGCAGAUUGCGGCCAGCUCUCAAGGCGGUGAAUCAGGCCGAGGGGGAACUUCUGGGAAAGUCAAUCAAAAAGUGAACCAACAAGGAAAGAAUGAUCCGGCCAGGUCCAGUUUAGGAAAGGAAGGAAAAGGGAAGGCGACAUCUAAAGCAGAAGACAAGAAAGGCAAUGUCUCAAAUCCUAAAGGGAAAGUGGUGGGGAAUGGCAACGACUCUCUGCCAGACACUAGUGGAACAAUCGCUCAGGAAUGGCGGCCCGUUGGGCUGAAGGAGAAUGAGAAAAGGCCGCUCUCUCACGGAGAAGUUCUCAAGUCAGGCCCACUGGCUGGAACAGGCCCAUCUGACUCUUCGUUGAACCAGAGUGUAGCUACGGGGAACUUGAGCCCAACCCAUGGUACCGAUAUCUCGAUGUUUCCUUCUCCACCUCAGCCGACAACGAAGGAAAAUUCCGACCCCAACUUGCCGACUGCUUCGAUUCGCCACCGCUCCCAGAAACCCAAAUCGCAACAAAUCGCGGCGAGGGAAGUCAGGCCAAAAAUCAUGAAAGAAUCGUCCAAGAAGCCGCUGAGCCAGAAUCCCCAAAAGGCGAGGAAGCUCCUGCAAGAGCUGUCGAAGUCGCCCAGCUUCCCAAUCAAUCCUCAAUCCAUUUCUGAGUUCAUGAAUAACAUGAGGAAGACUUCCAAGGGGAAUUUACAGGCGGAUACUGGCAAAGUGAACGACCUGGCGAUGGCAGACAACAACGACUCGGCCAUUACUCCUCCGCCGGCCUUUGAAGCGAUUGGGGGCCAAUUGGCCACUGAAACCUAG